AUGUCCGCCACUGUGACACAGAAGUCAGUCACCUUCGUAAACAACUCAACCCCAGCUGCUAUCACCACGCGGGAGCUCAACCUGGACACCUGCUACUCAGACACAGAGCUUGUCGUGAAAGUCCACUCCGUCGCCCUCAACCCAAUCGAUUUCUUCGUCCACGACUUCUGUAGUCCCUGGGUCUCAGGGUCAGGGUUGGAGACUUACUCGAGGGAUUUUUCAGGGGAAGUGGUAAGGAAGGGUGCCAAAGUAAACCCAAAAUGGAACGUGGGGGACCACAUUAACGGGAACUACCAGCAUCUACUCGGCGAAAGGGGUGCCAUGACGAAUUACCUGAUCUUGAACCCGCAGAAACAACUCUCGCUGUCACACAUGCAACACUUCAAAGAUAACAUAGGGGAAUGGACCCAGUGGGACUUGUGUGCAUCGUACCCGCUCGUGUUUGGGACCGCGUACGCGGUGCUCUUCCACAAGAAGCAGGCAUGGACACCGGAAUCCCGGAUCCUCGUGAACGGCGCCUCCACUGCCGUGUCCCAGUGUCUGAUCCAGAUCUGCAAGAGCAGACUAGGGAUCCGCAGUGUGGUGGGGACUUGUUCGUCCAGUUCCGUCGAGUACAACAAGAAAGCCGGGUUCGACGUGCUGAUCCCGUACGACCAGCCGGGGAAGAUGGACAAGAUCCGCGAGUACGUCAAGGAGCACGGCAAGUUCGACCUCAUCUUCGACUCCGUGGGCACCUCGGAGUACUACCCAGUGAUCCAAGAGCUGUUGAAACCCAUCGGUGAACACUCGUACUACAACACGAUCGCGGGGGACGGGAAAUUGAAGUACCAGCGCAGCGAACAGCACUACAAGGAUAUCAUCCCUUACAAAGAUGCGAUCCGUAUCUUCAACCCAUGGAGGAAAUUCAACUUCUCUCACUCGUUUUGCGCGAACGAGUCUGGGGCCAUGGAAUUGGCAAGCAUCAUGAUCCAGAAGGGACAAUUCACUCCCGUGAUCGAUUCUGCGUUCUCUUUCAAAGACUUCCAGAAAGCUAUCGACCGUCUCAAGACCAACAAGGCCAAGGGUAAGGUCCUUGUGAGAGUGUGCGAGGAUUAG